UCUGCCCCCUGUUUAAACAGGCCUGUGGCAGACAGAGGAGCCACAACCCCCCAACACAGGAGUAUCUAACGUCCGUCAAUCAUUACAGGAGGAGGGUCUGGUGUGGAGAGGGGUCUGUCAGCCUGAGCGUGAGUGCGCUGGGACUUGGAUCGUACGGGACCUCAGGAUGCAGGGGACCUGGUUUCUGUUGCUCUCUGCACUCGGACUCCUGCGCUGGCCGGGAGGCCAGGCCCAAAUACUGGAGAGGGUUCUGUGCGACAGCAAGGACGUGGAGGCCGGGGUGGACCUGGCGCUGGUCUCCUACAACGCCGGGCUGCAGCAGGGGAACCAGUUUGCGCUCUACCAGAUCGUGGGCGCGUACAAAGCUGAGAAUGACUCCACCACCAUGUUCACCCUGAAGUUCCUGGCGAGAGAGUCAGCCUGUCCAGCAGGGGGUGACAGAGUGUGGCAGGACUGUGACUACCUUCCCCAGAGGAAUGUGGCCCCGAGUCCCUGCACAGCAGUCGUGUCCAGGAGUGACCCAGAUGGAGGUCUCGAGAUUGUGUCAGUCCGGUGCCAACCUUCAGUGGAGCCUGUGGUGGUGGCCUCGGAGGCGCGGUGCCUGGGCUGCCCGAAGGAGAUCGACGUGGAGAGCGAGGAGCUGAAGGCGCCCGUGUUCUACUCCCUGAUGAAGUUCAACGCGGAGGACGGCUCCAGCCACCACUUCCUGCUCAGGGACAUCUUGUUCGCCACGCGGCAGGUUGUCGCAGGAUUCAAAUACGACAUCCGGUUCGAACUGGAAAAAAGCAACUGCUCAAAGGAGGACUUCAAAGAGCUGACCGAGGACUGCAGCCCAGCUGAAUCUGGACCAGAAUACGCCCGCUGCAAUUCCACCAUCUACAUCGCCCCCUGGAGGAGAGUGGAGCCGGAGACUCACCUGAACUGCGAACGCCCUCAGAUAAUCAUGGCCUUUGGCAGGCGAAAGCCCACCGGAUGGUCGCCCCUCAGACACUUCAACAUGGAAGCCUUCCGUCCGAAGGACGCCCCCACGACCCCGGAGCCAGACGCCGCGGACCCCACCCAGCCGGCGACCGAGCCCCCGGCCCCGGGCCCCACCCAGCCGGCGACGGAGUCCUCCGAGGAGUCACAGGAAGUGACCUCACAGGCGCCUGAGGCCACUCCGGACCCCGCCCUCCUGCUGCCCUUUCCCCCCGAGGCCGAGCGCCCCCGCCCCUUCAACUGCCCCACCAAGCCCUGGAAGCAGUAUGUGCCCCUGCCCCCCCCCCUCCCGCCCCGGCCCCCGCCCCCGCCCCCGCGCCAGGACGACCUCACCCCGGCCCCAGAACCGAGUCUGGACGAUCUUCAGCUCUUCAGCGACUUAGACCUGGUGGGAUAGUCCCUGGUGGGAUAGUCCCUGGUGGGAUAGUCCCUGGUGGGGUAGUCCCUCGCUCCCUGUGGAGUGCAUCUCCGCCUCGUUCACUCGUGUUUCUCUAAAUGCUUCUUUUAAAAUCCUUGCAGGUGGGGGAAGAAAAGUUGGUUUUGGCUCUUAAAAAGAUUUUGAGGCUCACCCUCUGUUACUGGCUUAAAAUGAUGAGGAAAAAUAAACUGCCCUUUUAAUAUUUUACUGACGUUGACGUGUAUUUAUGCAAUCUAAUAAAUGUUGUUCUCAAGACUUCUUAAGACA